CUGGAUUAACGGAUUUCAGUUAUUUGGGUUUUUUUUGGGGGGAGAAAUGAAUAGAGAAGAAUUUAAGAAAAGCGUUUUAUUGAUUUUUGGAGAUCUUGAUCUGAAAAUAUCGGUGUUGGAGGAUGAGGAUGAGGAAGAAUGUGGUGGUGUUGGUGAGCACAAGUAUCGCGGUGGUGGUGGUAGGGGCAUUGAUCAGAAAAUGGAAGCAAUGGAAAGAACAACAAUUGAGACACGUGAAACAAAUAAUAAGGAAGUUUGCUAGGGAAAGUGCCACCCCAUUAUCGAAGCUUUGGCAAGUAGCUGAUGAUAUGGUGUCCAGCAUGAAAAUCUCUCUUGCUAGUUCCGAUGAAUCCCCCACUCUCAACAUGGUCGUUUCCAACGUUGCAUCGCUGCCACUUGGAGAUGAAGAAGGAUUCUUUUAUGGGGUUAGUUUGUAUGGAAGGAAUUUGUUGAUGUUGUGUGCGCGACUGGGAGGAAAGAAGAAGCCUAUCUCUGCCUUACAGAGACAAGAUAUUUCCAUCCCUGAUGCUGUCUUGGCUGGUCCUUCUCUGGAAAUCACUGAUUACAUAGCUACAGAGAUAGCUAAGUUCGUUUCGAUGCAUCCUGAGAUUGAGAUUGAGGAUAGUGAACCCGUCGAAAACAAGAAAUUCGGCUUCACCUUGUCAUAUCCAGUUCAUCAAGCUAUGCCUUUCUCUGACACAGCAUCACAACACAAAAACGCAAACAACCCAGUUCGCCAGGGAAUGGUGAAGGACCUAAAUCGAGCGUUGGCGACCCAUGGAAUGACAAUGCCCGUUGUUUCACUGGUUGAUGAAACUAUUGGAGGCUUGGCCGGUGGAAGAUACUAUAACAGGGAGAGCGUGGCUGCAGUUACCCUUGGCACCACCACAAAUGCUGCUUAUGUGGAACCAGCAGAGGAAGUUGCCAGCGAUUCCGCACAGUUUCCCAAUUCAAGUGAACUGGUGAUUAGCAUGGAGUGGGGAAACUUCAAUUCCCUUCGUCUCCCUUUAACAUCGUAUGAUGCCAGUGUAGAUGCUGAAAGCUCAAAUCCUGGUAGCCAGGUUUUCGAAAAGCUUAUUUCAGGAAAGUAUUUGGGAGAAGUUGUGAGACAUGUCUUGUUGAAGUUGGCCAAGGAAACAGCCUUGUUUGGAAGCACAGUGCCUCCCAAGUUAAUGAUUCCCUACUUAAUCAGGCCCUCUGAUAUGGCUGCCAUGCAUCAAGAUACGUCGGAGGAUCGUGAAAUAGUGGGUGAGAAACUUGGAGAGAUUUUCGAGAUCCAUAAUUGUUGUCCAAUGGCACGGGAAGCGGUGGCUGAGGUGUGUGACAUAGUAGCAGAGAGGGGUGCACGAUUAGCGGGGGCAGGAAUUGUGGGAAUAAUUAAGAAGCUCGGAAGAAUUAAGGAUAGAAAGAGUGUGGUGACGGUGGAAGGUGAGCUUUAUGAGCACUAUCGCAUUUUCAGAAAUUACCUUCAUAGCAGUGUGUGGCAAAUGCUUGGCAAAGAUUUUUCAGACAAUGUCAUCAUUGAACAUUCACAUGGUGGUUCUGGAACUGGAGCUUUGUUCCUUGCUGCUGCUCAAACUCAAGCACACCAUUCAGAUUAUUGACCCUUUACACUCAACACUUUUCUUUUCUUUUGAGCUUGCUGUUCUGAGAACAAAAAUACACUGGUGGAUGCACCAGCUAAAUUGGGCUGCUGCUGGUGAUUGUAGACAACAGUUAUUUAUUGAGUUUGGACAUGCACCAGCUACGUUGUUUUUACUUAUAAAGGUUUUUUGAGA